UUCAAAACAGUAUAAUAUAAACAUAACCUACAAACCAUUCCGACGUGCGAAGUCUUAUCAGGAAAACCGGUCCCUUAUCCCUUAUCUCAUCUUUGUUUGUCGACUUUCAGUAUGCUGAAACUAUCUAUCAAAUGCGUGAAUCACGCUAUUUCACGAAGGCAAAUUUCACAAAGCCACUAUUUUACGUGCUACGGUAAUCUUAAAAAUCUUAAUGGCGUAUCUUAUGCUCAUUCAUCUCAUUACUCAACCGAAUCGGGUUGCUUUCCAAAGUCACCAGACUUGGUCAGAAUUUAUGAAGGUCCCCUGGCAACCAGGCUGAAGAGGACCAAAUUAUUCUCGUUUACCACAAGUGCCGUUGGCAUAACAGGGUUUCCUGUGGUAGCUGAACAAAUUCAAAAAUUUCCAGAGAAAACUGGGUGGUAUUUGGCAGUUCUUUCGGUCAUGUCUUUUUUUUCUUUCGGAACUCCAGUUCUUCUACAAUUGUUGGCGAGUAAAUAUAUUUUAUAUAUAGAUUACAACCAAUCAAAAGAUCUCUACACUCUCUACACCUACACGUUAUUCUUUGGCUUGAAGCCGGCUAGUUUCAAUGCUACAGACGUUUCCACUGUCUCAACGCCUCUCGCGUCAGUUUCAAUUCGAGGCAAAGGUUACCUCCUUGAAGCUUCAAAUUUCACAGACCUUAACCACUACAAACGGAUGGUUGGCUAUGACAAGGAGUUUGACUUUAGCGAUAACAAUGAAAUAGAAUCAACCAGUUGUGAACCGAAUUUAAAACGGCCGAAAAUACCCAUGCCAACUCAUCAAACGCCAAAAGCUUCAGAGAGCAUAAAACCCUCUGAUGAGGACAAGGAUCUACCAUUAAAUCUAAGGAAGAGAAAUCGAUAGAUUAUGCUGCUCGAUGAGCCUCUUUGAAAAUCCUGAUCUCAGCUUCCAUUUCGUUGAACUUGUUGACCCAGUCAUCCCAGUCACUACAACAGAGAAAAAAACCAUGAAGAAAAUCAGUAAGCUACCACCACUAAAAUUGCUGUUUUAGAUUAUCAAUAAUAAUGGGUCGCUACAACUCUGAACCCUUGAGGUAAAUUUUGAUAAAUAAUAUUGUUAAAACCACUUCUUGCUCCCAAA